CUACAAUCAAGGUAUUCUAUCAAGAUACGAAACAAUAUUUUAGACGUGUAAUAUUUGUACAUAUAACAUGCAGUACAUGAUAAUAGUUUAAUUAUUUUCAUUAUAUGUACAAAUGUAUUAUUUAAAUAAAAAAUGGAUAUUGAAACUGAAAAUGUAAUAAAUCUUAUAUUUCCAAAUGGCAUACCAGAUAAAGAACCUGAUCAUUUAAAUGAUGAGAAAACUUCAGUAUUGCAAACUACACAGGAGUUGGUAUUUGCAAAUUAUAAAACUUUUGUGCAAACAGCUGAAAGUUCUAGAGAAAUAUUUAAACAAUUUAAUGAGACUGAAAAUCGACUUGACGGACUUGUGCAAAAAAUACCUAAGUUUGUAGAAAAGUGCCAAUCAUUUUGUGAUACGUCAAAAGACAUAAAUACAUAUAGAAGAAUAAAUAGUUUAACCCUAACAAGAAAUGCAGAAUUGCUUGAAGUACUUGAAAUGCCUCAGCUGAUGGAAUCUUGUUUGAGGAGUAGUCAAUAUAAUGAGGCAUUAGAAUUAUCGCAAUAUGCACGUCAGUUGGGAACUAAACAUGGAGAUAUUCCAAUCAUAUCGUCGAUAGUGGCAGAAAUUGAAAGCAGUUGGUCUGGCAUGGUAGGGCAAGUUGUUGGUUCAUUAAGAGGGGAUUUACCGCUUGCAAGGUGUCUGCAACUUGUUGGGUUAUUACGAUCUAUGGAUGCUUUUACGGAACCUGAAUUACGUAUUAAAUUUCUACAAGCACGUGAUAGUUGGCUUCAAAGUCUCUUAAAUGCUAUACCUAAGGAAGAUCCUAAUCUUCAUAUCACAAAAACAAUAGAAUUGUCAAGGAUACAUUUAUUUAAUAUAAUAACGCAAUAUAGGGCUAUGUUUAAUGAUGAUGAACUAAUAACACCAGGAAGAGAUUUAGCUGUAAACGAGUGUGCCAUAUUUUACCAUUGGAUUGAAGAAAAGAUAUCUCAAUUUUUAAUAACUUUAGAACAAGACUUACCAGGUGUGACAUCAAUAGAUUCUAUUUUGGGUCAAUGCACAUAUUUUGGUUUAUCAUUUGGUAGAGUAGGUGCCGAUUUUACGGGUCGGAUGUCUGAUAUAUUUGUACGUGUUAUUGGAGAAAAAUUUGAGUCUAGUGUUCGUAAAACAACAAAAAAAUUUGAAAAGGAUAUGGAAUCAUUUACUUUAAUUAAUAAAAUACAAAAAACUAAUAUUAAAAUGCCUACUGCUGUUAAAUCGGAGAAUCCACCAGAACAAUUGGUUGAAUUUUAUCCUUUAGCUGAAUAUUGUAAUGGACUUAUUUCAGCUUUUAAUGAAAUACGACUUUGUCCACCAGUAGCACUUUCUGUUUUUUGUACAAAGAUAUUGCAGGAGUCCUUACAUAACGUAGUAAAAUCAAUAUUACUUUUUUACAAACAAGAACAGCAAGCUUUUACAGCCUCAGAAAGAGAAAAUAUGCUCAAAUUUAUAGAAAAUUUGAGUGAGCAAUUAAUUCCUUAUGUACAGUAUUGUAUUCAUGUUAUUUUUCCUCCAAAUCAAAGUGCAAUUCACUUGGGCGUUUCGGAAAAUUUGUUACAAGAAGAGGGGAUAACAUAUUUAAACAGAGAUAUUAUUUUGGAGCCUUUGACUCCUUUAUUACCAAUUUCGAAAAAUCUCUCAGUUUCUAACGUACAAUCACUAUUGUUACAAAGGACUUCUGAAAUAUCUUCAUCAUCUGAUAUUGCAGAAAUAGAUACGUCUGCCUCACAAUUGGAGAAAUUAAAAAUAUCAGAAUCACAUUUACUUGUAAAACAGGAAACUGUAUCUACUAAUUCACAAGAGAGAAAAGCACUUUUGACUGAAGACAUUAAAGUUCUUGCAAAUAAUUCAACUAGUAAUAAUGAAAAUCAAAAUAGAUAAUUGUAAAUUUUUAUGUCUUACUACACGUUGUUGUAUACAAAAAUCUUGUAAAUAAAAAAAUAAUUUUUUAAAUUAAAUUUAAUACCUAAUUCUUUUU